AUGGAUCUCUAUGCGCAAAAUGAGACAUCUACGUCCCUGGAGUGCGUCGGAGCGCAGACUGAUGCGCUACAGACCGGAGCCGGUAACGGGAGCUUGGAGACAUCAAACAUCACCUGCGGCAACGUUUCCACACUCCUCAUACCUCAGCGUGUGAAGGAAAGAGAUGGGGACCACACGCUGCGGAUCCUCCUCUACUCACUCAUCUUCUUCCUGAGUGUGUUUGGCAACCUGCUGAUCAUUGUGGUGCUGACAGUCAAUAAGCGCAUGCGUACCGUGACCAACACCUUCCUCCUGUCGCUCGCUGUCAGUGACCUGAUGAUGGCUGUCUUCUGCAUGCCCUUCACCCUGAUUCCCAGCAUCCUCAAGGACUUCAUCUUUGGAGCCGCCAUGUGCAAGAUAGUGUCCUACCUCAUGGGCAUAUCAGUGAGCAUAUCCACAUUUAGCCUGGUUGCCAUAGCAAUUGAGCGCUACAGCGCCAUCUGUAACCCCUUGAAGUCACGGGUGUGGCAGACACGUUCACAUGCCUAUCGAGUUAUUGCUGCUACAUGGGUGCUGGCCUUCGUCAUCAUGAUCCCCUAUCCAAUCAUCAGUCACUUAGAGUCUUUUGAGCGUCCUGACAACACCACUGCUCACCAGUGUCGCCACAAGUGGCCCCUCGCAAAGGCAGAGCAGACCUGGUACAUUCUGCUUCUACUUGUGCUGUUUGCAAUCCCGGGGUUGGUGAUGAUUGUGGCCUAUGGACUGAUCUCCAGGGAACUUUAUAGAGGUAUCCGGUUUGAGAUGGGCCACAAAAAAGACUCCACUGAUGUGAAAAAUGGUCUGACCUCAACUGUGUCAAGUGGCAGUGAUGAUGGAGAUGGCUGCUACGUUAAUGUGCAGCGGCCACAGUCGGUGGAGAUGUCCACCAUGGCUGCAUCCGGCAGGGCAAUCAAGGCAGAAAGACCACGCAGCAACACAUCUGAGGCCAAGCUGGAGGCCAAGAAGCGAGUUAUCCGCAUGCUGGUGGUCAUUGUUGUCCUGUUCUUUCUCUGCUGGAUGCCACUGUACUGUGCCAACACGUGGCGGGCUUUCGAUGACACCACUGCCAAACACGCCCUCUCGGGGGCACCCAUUGCUUUUAUCCAUUUGCUGUGCUACACUUCUGCUUGCGUCAACCCAAUUAUUUAUUGCUUUAUGAACACACGUUUCCGCAAAGCUCUGCUUGCCACGUUCUCGUGCUGUGCUGCACCUUGCCAUCGCCGUCACCGUGGGCUACGGGACAACGAGGAGGAUGUUAUGGCAACUGGUGCAUCCAUGUCCAAGUUUAGUUACACUACAGUCAGCACCAUGGGAACCUGCUGA